AUGUCCCGCAAUGUCGGCGCCGCGCCCCCGGGCCAGCGCAAGGGACCACCGUGGUCUCACCUGCGCGAACCCGUAGCGUACGGUAUCGAUCGCAAAUCCACGGCAUCUCCCAGCUCCAUCACCAGCACGUCGACUCGAUCUACUGUGCGAGAGGACAGGGCGCGCCGAGUCGAGCGCAUCUGCACGGUCGUGGUCGCGGAGGGGUACAUGCGCGAUGAGGUCCUCCUCAAUCUCGAUAUGGUGGGGCCCGAGGUCCGGCCGGGGAUGCUCAUGGCCAUAUCCGCGAUCAAAUCCGAAUCGGCAAAGGCCUCCGGUGGUCACGGCAGCUUGAAUCGACAAGCUCAUGAUGGAACCGAGGCGGUGAAGGCGGCUGCGGCGCUGGCUAAGGACCGGACCGCGCUCGGCCAUCGUUACAUUUUCGUUGUCAAGGAUAUGCCCCGAGAAAUGAAGUCUCGUAACCAAGAUUCCGAGGUCUGCAUCGUUCGCCACAUCUCAGAUGCGUUUGGUAUGAAACGAGGGAGCCAGGUCCUCCUUACCCCUGUCGAUGAGGAUCAUCGCGCCAUGGAGGCAUCCCAUGUUGAACUGUGCUUCAGAGACGAAUAUCUGUCUCGGUCAGACAUGUGGCGGCUGGCUGUUGAUGAACUCACAGGGCGCACAGUCUACAAAGGGCAGUCGGUAUUAUUCAUGGGCACCAUCAAAGCUCAAGUUACUGCCGUGUUUGUCGAAGGAGAAAGCGUGCAUUCCGGCCUAUUCGUUCGCGAUACGCGCCCCAUUUUCCGAAGCGAAUCCGCCAGAUAUGUCCUGUUCAUUCAGAUGGCAAGGGAGAUGUGGGACUUCGAUACCGAAACAUCUGGCGAGAUCAUGUUCAACCGCGUCGUCAAUGGCUUCCUGCCUGCGUUAUUCAAGCGCUGGGCUUCGCUCAAGGUGAAGCAUCUCGUCAGCAUUGUACUCUUUUCGCGGGUGGAAUACGACACUGGGCUUGCAUCUGAUCUGGCUAGCGACAGCCUUCUCGAUGAAUAUUUCACUGGUGUGCAGCCUUUCGGCAACAAGCGGCCGUACAAGGACUUUUACCGCGUGGUUGUUAGCGACAUGUCCAGCGGUGAAUGGACCACGAUUUUGUACCAGCUCAAGAAGGAAUUCAACUUCUUCCGCCGAGAUAUUAGCCUCCACCACCAGAGUGUCCCCCUUACUCGCGGGAAGCAGGCCACCGACUCUGAGAAGGACGAAACAUUAGUAGCGUUGACGCGCAUUAAAGCUGACCCUUCCCUAGCCAUCCAUGGCAAUGUCCUAGAAGCCAUACACCUUGCCUCAUCCCAGUAUGCCCAUGAUUACAUCGAUCGAGAUCUCAAUAGAACCGGCAUCUCAAUCGCUGUCAUCACGCCUGGCCCGGGUAUUUUCGAGGUUGAUUAUGAAACUUUGCGACGGACAACAGAGGCACUGGUGGGUAAUGGCAUAGGCAUUGAUCUGAUCUGCCUACCAGGGAUGCCUCUUCAUUCUGUCCCGCUCUUCAAGUACCGAAACCCUCAUGCAUCAGAAGAGGGCGCCAAGCAUCAAAACGCGCUUUCCAGAUCAUUCCAUAGCCACAACAGCACGGGCGGCUACCCAACCCCCAUCGUUGGCAGCUAUCAGUCCCACACCGAGUCGCUUUCUCCCAGUAAAGUAUCACAGAAUAUGAUGAAACACGUCGAGUCACUUACAUCGUUACGCAAUUCGGACGAGUGGAGUUGCGCUCUGCCUCAGUGGUUGCAUGUUUCGUUCUGGAAGGGCGCUGACGAGUCUUUGGCCUAUGAAGGCAUUGCGCUAUCCGUGUCUACCGCCAAGGAUAAGAAUGAGGACGAUUUUGAGAUGCGAUGCCGCAUGUAUGGGCUUCAGAUGAGAAGUGCCUUGGACACCAACGAGAUUGAGACUGCAGCCUUGAGCUCGGAUUCCAGCUUUCCCACAAACACAUCAUUAUCAUCCAAGAAACGACAAGAUAGUGCGUCAGAGAGCCUAUACGUGCCCUGCCGCCGGGCCCAGGAAGCCCUCGGAGACACUGUAUAUGGCUUUCAAAAGUUUGUGCCAGAGAAAAUAGCGCGUACUGGAGAUUUAACACUCUGGAAGAAGCUGCAGGCAUUUGAUGACUCUCGGGCCAAGCUCCGUUCUGCCCCUAAACGCCGCCCUCAGCAUCACAAGCCAGCCAAAGACAUGGACGAGGUGCCACGGAAAUACCAGGUUGAUGAUGCCGCGGUGCUUGGCACAUCUGUCCCGGAUCGAAUGACGCUUCAGCCUUCGCAACAUACGACCACUCGCAAGUUUUCUAUGGCAGAACCAGAGCGCCCACCGACAGCAUCCGUUCAAAAGCCCCCUGAGCCACCGCAGAAGAGUCCCAGCAAGCCACCGUCGACAUCUUCGUUUACUGCCAGGCAGCCCAAGCUGAUGCGGCACAUAAGCCUUGGGCACCGCGGUUUUGGCAUUGCUGCCCCUAAAGCAGCAAUAGCCGAGCUCAAAGUCGAGACCGUCAACGCAUCGCCGGCGUUCUCCUCUGAUCCACGACGAGCCUCCAAUCCUCGGUCUCUAUCCGACAUGAGACCGUCAACACCACACAGCAUACGAAGCCAGUCGUCAACACUCACGGCUAAGAGAGUCAAGUCAAUAAAAUCAGAUUUAACCGAGCUUGCGUCAGAGACAGCUCCUUCGACCCCGAGCAUUCCGAUUGCCCAUAAAGAGGCGAACGCCCAAGACGGCACAACCAAUAACACAUUGAAGCCGCCAGUGCCCACUUUGAUGCCAUCCAAAUCACGCGACAAACUCCGUGAAGAUCCAGAACUGCGCUAUUCAAACUUUAUUCGUGCUGAGGACGUUCAGAAAAUGUACAACAGCAAGCUUAGAGCUGGUGUUGCUCCCGGACCACAGCUACAGCCGGAACUACCGAUCACCCUUUCUCCGACAGCGGCAAUCACCCCUUGGCUUACUCUGCUGAACCCCUCCCAUCCCGAGAAAUAUCGCAUUGAUGAUGCGAUUCUGUAUAGCCGAUGGCAGCAUGUAUUUCCAAAGCCAUCAGAAAUGAGAACACAGAAGUGGAAAACACUUUGCUGUCCUGCCUCUGUACCUUUAACGACCGAGUACUUUCCGUCCAAGGCGCAAUUUGAUGCUGAGUACCAGCGACACCCUUAUAUCGUGGACCAAAACACCGACAGCGAUGACGAGCCCAUGUCACGGAAAGACUUUAUGAAGGAACUAAUCGGUCUUCGUUUCUCACAAGGUUUCCAGGUUGUCGUAGGCUCCGCUGUUGCCAAAGCUUUCGGGCAGAAAAUGAUCAAAAUCGCAGAUAUCUUCUCGCGAGAUCAGACCUUUGAAGACGGAAAUAGCGUUUUCAUGUCGGUGGGCAACACCAUCCAUCAGCUCUCUUGUGUCAACGGCAGCGAGAUUGAAGUCAAUAUUUUCCUACGGAAGCCUGCACGGACAGCGGCGUCUGAAUUCUCAACAAUGUACAAGCCGGCUAUUCAGACACUACUGGAUUCUACCUACGAGACGAGAUCGAUUGAAAUUCUGAAUCCAAAGCCGGAAAGAAACUGGAAUACGAUAGAUUCAUACUUGGCCGGCCACCACGAAGAGCUUAUGGAAAGCUUGCGGUUCUGGCGGACGAGAUACGUGCUCAUCCCUCUGAGCAUGAGAUACUCGGCUUCAACCAAGAGCCAUUUCGAAGACAACCCCGAAGAGGUCCGUAUCGAAGGCAUUCAACGGCUGGCUCAGUUGUGGAAGAAGCAUCGAUACGUGUCGGCAUCAGAACGGAAAUUUCAGGGCCAGGCUAGGAGUCGCAUCUUGGACCGCAGCCCUCUGAAUAUUAUUUACAAAACUGACGACCCUUCGUCAGUCGUUGCAGCGGAGCUUGGAAACCUUCCAACACUUGAAAGCGUCGAAUACUCUUCAAUCAAGGGGAAUUUGAUUGUCCGAAAAGAAUUGUUUCGACGAGCGAGCCUGAACCUGACAGCCUUGGCCGACGCUCUGCAGCAGCCAAUUGAAAACGGCGGUGUUCCUUUGCACAAUAGGCGCUGGCACCUUCGAACGCAUAACAAUGCGUUCAUUGGGUCAGACAUGACAACCUGGCUGUUGAAGAACUUUGAAGAUCUUGACAGUCGCGAAGAAGCGGAAGACUUGGGCAAUGCGCUCAUGGUAACAACGCCGAAAGAGAAGGACAAGGGCAAGGAGGAGCAGGCAGAGAAGGGCGGCGAUACAAAGGUUGAAAAACCACGCGGGCUCUUUGUCCAUGUCGAAAAGAGACACCAGUUCCGUGAUGGAAACUACUACUACCAGAUCGCGCCCGAGUAUGCCAAGCCUCAACCGGGCUGGUUCGGCAGCAGGAAGAAAGACGCUGCGUCGUCGCUAGCAGAUAACAACAGCCGUGACUCGCCGCGAGCCGCUGCUCCCCGUUCCGCCCCAACUGCCGAGGAGUCCUCCUCCGGGGCGCCUUCUCCGGGCGGCAUCCCCAUGCUUGGCGCCAGCAAGACUUCCAACCUCAACCGGCCGCUUGUUCAGCUGAGUAAGGUUUUGAAGUACGACGUGGAUCAUCGAAAGCGAUCGUAUCGUGCUGAGCGGAUUGAUCUACACUAUGACCGCUUGCACAAUCCGGAUAAUUGCUUCCACAUCCGGAUCGACUGGAUGAACACGACGGCCAAGCUUGUUUCGGAUUGUGUAGAGGGGUGGGAGCGCGAGGCAAGCCAAUAUGGCCUGCGCCUCGUGGAAGUGCCCAUCAAGGAGGCAUGCCGGAUCACGGAAGCUAAUCCCUUCCGCAAGCCGCACGAGAUUGAGCUGGCCGUCCCGCCACCGGAGCAGAUGCCCGAGACCUACUUUGACCCGAACGCUCUCGGUCCGACAAGAGUGCAUAGCAAGCACUUUUACCAGACCGCGAUCCUCAAGCACUUUGACUUUGUGCUGGACAUGGAGGCGGCAUCGAGCUUCCCCGACAACGUGGACGUGCGGUACUCGUGGGGCAAGCCCGACUUCCGGUACACGCAGUACAUUCACCGGAGCGGCCUGCUGCUCGCGCAAGUCACCGACGAGGGCCACUUCAUCGUGCUAGCCAACAGGCUCUAUAGCAAGCGCGUGUCUUUAGCCCGGGAGAAGGAGCUCCGGGUGCAGGCCAACGUGGACAUUGCCGCCCCGUUGUCUGCCGCGGCGGCGGCGGCGGCGUCGGCCACGGCUGACCGGAGCGCGCGCCUCCUGUCGCUCGGCGGCUUCGCGUCUUCAAUGGCCAUGGCCAUGGCCACCGAACCGGGGACGGGGACGACGCCCAUCUCCUCGCCCGUUGUGCGUCCCACAUUUGGCCACCUCUCACCAGCGAUAGGACCGAGCGACCCUCCCGUCCCCGCGAGCACCUCGCAACCACGACCGCCGGUGCCGCAUCAGCGGGACUCCAGCAGCAGCCACAAUCAUCACCACCCCCUGUACCAUUACCACCGCUACCUGCAUCCCCUGCAGCAGCUGAUGGAGCCCGAAGCCAUCAAGGACAUGCUGGAGGCGUUUUGCAAGGACUCGGAGGCUCUCGAGUCGUUUUACCGAGACUUGCUGGACCGCGGGCAGCGCGUCCCCGGGACCCCGAUGACGGUGUCCACGGUGCUAUCGGUGCCCGCCGCGCCGGACCACCCCGUGCCGGAGUCGAGCAUCCCCUCGCUGGGCCUCCCGCCGGGCGUGCUGGCCGCCCACCACCACCACCACCACCUGCAGGAUCCUCCGCAGGGCGCAGUGGACGGCAGCAACGGCGGCGGCGGCGGCGGGCUGCCGGCCAACAUACGCAACUCCAUAGGCAGCCCCAUGUCAAUCCUGCGUCGAGGUAGCGUCCAGUAUGACGGGCUCGGGCUCGGCUCCAAAAGCACCAAGUGA